AUGCCGCGCCUCCUCGGUACAAGGCAGAGCGCCAUGGCCGUACCGCCAUGGUUCUCCGCGCUGCCUGCCGCGCAACUGGUCUUCGCCGUAUUGGUCUUGGGACUCACGGCGUACGCGUUGAGUGCCCAUAGCGAGAGCCAAAUCCGCCCCUCGUUGGUCCUCACAAUCACCACUGCGGUGCUCACUAUCCUGCUGAUAUUCCCUGUCACGAUCCCGAUCCCGGCAAUGGCAAUUCACCCGCUGGGAACACUGAUUGCCAAUUUCAUCGGGAUCUUGCUCUGGUUGGCUUCACUAGUGGCUCUUGCAAGCUAUCUCCGCAUUUUCAGUUACUAUCGGAAAGUCGAGAGAAUCCCGUGGGCCCCAGGGGCACCACAUAUUGCCGCAGCAUGGAGAUGUGGCGUUGCAGCCUGUGUAUUUGCCGCCAUCGAGCUUCUGCUGUUCCUCGCAACCUUCAAGCUCUUCGGCUACUUCUAUCACCAUCACCGAGCUGGCACGCAACCCCACAAAGGACUCCUACAUUCCACAUCUCGCAUGCCCAGAUCGGAUGCCGUCCCUCUUGAGAGCACCUCCGACAAUGUCACGGGUGCGGGAGGACUCAACCAAUACCAACCGGCCCCGGCAGCAACCCAUCCGCAACAGCAACAGCAACAACACCAUCACAACUCACUAGCUAACACCAUCUCACCACCCGUCUCCCCGCUCCAACCCACGGCCCCGGUCCCCUCGACCAGCAACCACGCGAAUGACGGCGAUGGCGGCGACAUCAACCACAACGGUAACGUGCCGUCCAUCACCCACACAGCCGCCACGCCCACAGCCGCCACGAAUCCCCAUUUACCAGCCGCUGGUAACGCUUUCGCCACUAUCUCACCCGGCCGGCCACCGCAGAGGCACGCGAACCCGAUCAUCCCGGAUCCAGGGGCGAGCGGUGGUGACAACAACAGAGUAACCGGCCGGCCACCGUAUCCGCUGGACGACGAGGAGAUGGGGGCCGUGAGUAAAAGCCAUCACCAGCGUGGUGGGACCACCCUGACGCCUGGAGUUGCGCCAGUCCCGCCCGUUUCGACGGCCGGGGCCAGUGAGCGUUGA